UUUGAAGACUGGUUCUGACAGAGCAGCAGGUAAAAAACAGAUGGUGGAGUUUCUGGGUGUUCUGUUAGAUUUCUGCUUGGUCAUCAUGAGACCCAGAAUAUUAUCAUAAAGACACCUUUUCAGCAUCUGUGCGCCUCAGACGUAUCUCGUUUGUUCACCUCUGGGGGGCAGUAUUGCACCCAGAAGUGCCAAUCCUGCUGCAAACUAACAAGAAGAAAAGGCGCAUGGUCAUAGUGUUUCGGUAAAGAUGGCAGCCCCCGUUGACCUGGAGCUGAAGAAGGCCUUCUCGGAGCUGCAGGUUAAGAUGAUUGACACGCAGCAGAAGGUGAAGAUUGCCGACCUGCAGAUCGAUCAGCUCGGCAGAGUUCAGAAACACAACAAGCUGACGCAGGCCGAGAUUUCCACCUUGCCCAACAACACACGGCUCUACGAGGGUGUCGGCCGCAUGUUCAUCCUGCAGUCGAAGGAGGAGAUCAACAACCUGUUGUUGGACAAACAGAAGACAGCUGACAACAAGAUUAAAGAGCUGGAGAAGAAGGUGUACCUGGAGCGUAGCGUCAAAGAAGCUGAAGAUAACAUCAGAGAGAUGUUGCUGUCCAGGAGAGCUCACUAACUUCCUGUUUCUGUCUCACCUGUUUAUAAUAAACUGAUUAAGCUCC